CAUUCCUGUGUUAUUUCUGUUUAGGUGUUGUGUCACAAUGUAUAAGAAGAGCAAUGCAGGGGGAAAUGCGGUGUUCUACAAACCAGUUGCAGUUACGACAGAAAUAAGAUCUGGAUACCUGUUCAAGUCUCCUCCCCAAAAAAUGUUGAAGACGGAGAAGUCAUGGAAGAAGCGGUAUUUUGUGCUGUACAAAGUCAGUGAGCAAGAACACCAACUGACGUACUUCAGGAGUCAUGAAGAAAGGGACAGGCCACUUGGAGGGAUAGACUUAUCGCAAAUCUCACUGUUGUAUGUGAGCCCUCAAAACCACCAGAGAUGGGAAUGGGUCCAGAAGAGCUUCAAGUGCUCCCCAUCCUGUGUGCUCUACAUCAAGGCAGCUAACCGGGACUACUUCCUCAUUGGGGACAACAGUGAGGAAGUGGACGGCUGGUUCGCUGACCUGUUUGAAGCCCUGAAAAACCGGCCACAUAGAUGUAUGAGUUCAGAGGCAGAGUUAAAAUUCCGGUCCCUGUCUGAUCCGUCCUCAAAUGCUUUGGAUAACGACACUUUCAUUGUGCCAAAUGCUUCUAGGGACCUUGAAAUUGAGGAGGUUACAACGGGCACCCUGAUGAGGCAUGUGACUCAAGUCUUUGACAGGUUGAAGAUUUCCCCACUACCCCCAUUCAAUGAGGAGACAGACGCUGAGGACAGGGAAGAAAAACGUCUGACGUCAGAUUUCAGCAGCAGCUCCAGUGACAAUGGGGCCAACUCUCCUGUAGAGAUGCUGGAGAUACCAGAUGUGCACACACUGAAAAGACAAAGCUCUACUGAAAGCCUGAACAACAUCAACCCACAGGAAAGAGAUCUUAAGGUCAAGCAGGCAGAUUUGAAAAAACACCUGACACUAACAGAAGUGGAUGGGAAACCAAGACGUGCAUCUGUCCCAUCAGACGUGUUUGAGACGGACAAGCGAACAACGCAGCUGAAACGCCUCCGGUGCCAGCAACAGACAGCGUGCCUGUUUCAUAAAGGAGACCAAAUUCUGGCAAUUAAUGACUUGCAUACCAGCAGCAUGGAGGAGUUCAACGUUUAUGUCAGCAAAUGUCUCAAGAAUGAGGUGAAAGUGACCAUCCUGCGUCUACCUGGAUGUCAGCCUCUGCAUUCAUCAAACUGUCCUUGCAGUGACUGA